AUGCAAAAACCAUUCCGUGACGAAACACCACAAGUUAAAGAACAUGAAGAAGGUGAAUUAUUUCGAGAAGAAACUGAAGCAGAAUCCAUCAAUUUCAAUAACGGUAUUAGCGAUGGUGUAACCAAUAAUAACCAUGAACAAGUGGAUGACAUUGAACCAAAUGAUGAAAAAUAUCUUUGCCGUUUUUUCCAACGCGGCAUUUGUCGUUACAAUGAAGGAUGUAGAUAUUCUCAUCAAACCAAUGCGCCAGCUAUUGUCGCUAUGGAGAUGACUGCAAAUUUGCACAUUAAAGUGAAAGAUUUCGGUAAAGAAAUGGCGGCGAUCACAAUAUUGUCGAUACAUUGUCUCAAAGUGUUAAAACAUUCUCAAAUCCUGGAAUUAUUUGAUAACAUUUGA